UCUCCUCUUCUGUCUCUUCAUUGCACUUUAGAGCCAGAGCUCCCCUGUUUCUUAAUAUUCAAAGAAUAUUCAUUCUUCCUCAAAUUCUCAUCCCCAACUUGGCCUCUUUUGACUUUUUCCCUCUUAAUCUCUAUUUAAACCAAACCAAUCCCAAUUUCUGCCAUUAACUUCAUCAAAUCUGAGAUUCUUCUCUGAAACUUGAGAGCUUAAACCUUAAAUCAACAAUGGCCGCUCAUGGGUUUCCUCUGACUGCUCUGUUUUUGCUCUGUUUCUUGGGGUUCUCUCAUGGACAUAUCCAUCUUUCUUCUAUCCCAAGAAAUUUGGAGGUCACUGCUUCUCCAAAAUCUGGACAAGUUCUCAAAGCGGGUGUUGAUAAAAUCAGUGUGUCAUGGGUUCUUAAUGGAGCUGCAAAAGUUGGGUCGGAUUUGGCUUACAAAUCUGUGAAGGUGAAGCUCUGCUAUGCGCCGGUGAGCCAAGUGGACCGUGCGUGGAGAAAAACAGAGGACGAUCUUGCAAAGGACAAGACUUGUCAAUUCCAAAUCGUGGAGAAGCCGUACAAUCCGUCGAACAAGACGGUUCAAAAGGCUGAGUGGACGGUGGAGCGUGACACUCCGACGGCGACUUUCUUCGUGCGUGCUUACGCGUUCAAUUCCGCCGGCGAUGAAGUGGCGUACGGACAAACGACAGACGAAAAGAAAGGCACAAAUUUGUUCCAAGUUGAAGCUAUCACUGGCCGCCAUAUCUCUCUCGAUAUUGCUUCUGGUUGUUUCAGUGCUUUCUCUGUGCUGUCUUUGACCGGAUUCUUCAUCGCCGGUAAGAGGCAGGCGAAGAAGGCGGCGGCGGCGGAGGGGCACUAAGUGGGAACUUUGCUCUGUUUUGAGGUUCCCUUUUAAAGCUUUGCAUCAAUGGCGAUCUGCUUGGUGAAGAGUAGAUUUUAUGAGUUCUUUUUUUUAGUCUUUUUGUGAUUUGUGUUUCUCUUGUACUAUAAUUUUAUGAUAUAUAAUAUGAUAUUAAUGUG